AUGUCUAAGGGACUCAUUCUUAUUGUUAUCAGCGAUGUGCUAAUCCAUGGGCUGACAAUCCUUGCCCCUAUUGACUCUCCUAACACAGAUGAGAUAGACCCAGGGGAUGAUUGCAUUGCCGUAAAAAGUGGUUGGGAUCAAUAUGGCAUUAAAUUUGGAAUGCCCACAAAGCACCUAAUCAUCAGAAGGUUAACCUGCAUAUCCCCCGACAGUGCCACCAUUGCUCUAGGUAGUGAAAUGUCUGGUGGAAUUCAAGAUGUUAGGGCUGAAGACAUCACAGCCAUUAACACUCAAUCAGGUAUUAGAAUCAAGACUGCUAUCGGUAGAGGAGCUUAUGUGAAGGAUAUCUUUGUAAGAAGAAUGACCCUCACAACUAUGAAGUGGGUUUUCUUGAUGUCAGGCUUUUAUAAUCAACACCUUGACACUAAUUUUGACCCGAAAGCUAUUUCGGAGAUUAAAGUAAUCAAUUACAGAGAUAUUGUGGCGACGAAUGUUACUGGUGGAGCAAGACUUGAGGGGAUUGCCCAAGAUCAUUUUACAGGAAUAUGCAUUUCUAAUGUGACUAUCUCAUUGAGUAAGAUGCCAAAGGAAUUGCAGUGGAAUUGCACUAAUAUUGCUGGAGUGAUGAGCAAUGUGACUCUUGAACCCUGCCAUUUGUUGCCCAAAAAGGAAAAAGUUGAUUGUGCCUUUCCUAAGGAUAGGUUGCCCGUUGAGGAUGUACACUUGAAGACUUGUUCUACUACGGAAACUGCCUAGGUGUGAGAGAUCAGAAUGUAACUUGUUGGGAAAUCUGCAUAUCUCCAACAUGUUGGUUCUCUAAAAUAACUGAACCUAGCAUGAUGAAAGUAUUUUCAAGUUUUUUAUUUUUCAUUCAGCUAGGCUUCAUCAUCAUUUUAAUUUUUUGUUGUCAUAAUUAUAUUUUUUAAGCAUGCAAGUGAAAAGGAAAUGAAAUAAAGUUGGAAAUUAAUGUUUU